GUAUUUUCCUUGCAAUUCACAGACCAACAUUGUUGUGUUGUGUAGAGAAGAUAGAGAUAGAGAGAUAAAGAAGAUAGAAAAAUGGCUGCAAUUUUAGGAGGGAGCCCAGCUGUAACUUCAUUAUCUGCAAUUCAUUCGACUCAAACAACAACAAGAACAAGUAGAAGCAGCUGCUGCUUGUUAUCCUACGCCACCUCCGACAAGCUUAAUCUGCGGACUAGCCGUCACUUAGCCGCAUUUCAACCUCCAUCUCAUCUCUUCUCCUCAUCUCCCUCUAAUGCCAUCACUAGAAACAAACCCCUUAUCUUUCUGCCCCACUUGGUUGCUUCCAUGGAACAAGUGGAGGAGACCUACAUAAUGAUUAAGCCUGAUGGGGUUCAACGGGGUCUUGUUGGUGAGAUAAUUACUAGGUUUGAGAAGAAGGGGUUCAAGUUAAGUGGGUUGAAGCUCUUUCAAUGCCCUCAAGAUUUGGCUGAGGAGCACUAUAAGGAUCUCAAGUCCAAGCCCUUCUUCCCGAAAUUGAUUGAUUACAUUACUUCAGGACCUGUUGUGUGCAUGGCUUGGGAAGGUAUUGGUGUGGUAGCAUCGGCUCGAAAACUAAUUGGAUCAACUAAUCCUCUUCAAGCUGAACCAGGCACAAUCAGAGGUGACCUCGCGGUCCAGACUGGAAGGAACGUGGUUCAUGGGAGUGAUAGCCCCGAAAAUGGUCAGCGUGAAAUAGCUCUCUGGUUCAAAGAAGGUGAAGUUUGUGAAUGGACACCAGCUCAGGCACCAUGGUUAAUAGAAUAAGUGUACUACAUAACCCUGUCCCCUGUAGGGUACCGGCUCUUUUUUGGUUGAAAAACAAUAUAGAGUACUGGUUCUGUAUACUAGUCUUGCGGCCACCACAUAAUGAUGAUACAUAAGCAUUGAUAUAAUAAAUUUUUCUUGAUGUUA